CACGCUCCACGUACCCGGUUGCUACGUCACCACAUUUCACCGAAUACGAUGCAACAGCGUGGAAAAGCGUAAAGGUGUUCUCCUGGCGGCCCACAGAAACAAGGCAAAAUGAGGGAAGCUGCUCUCCUGCUCACACACUGCCUGCUUGUGUGUCUCCUCCUGAGCUCCAGCCAGGCGGCCAGACAAGGACAGGACCUCAGAUGUGGAGCUUGCAGGGCUCUGGUAGACGAGAUGGAGUGGGCCAUCUCCCAGAUAGACCCGAAGAAAAUGAUCCAGACGGGAUCUUUCAGGAUCAAUCCAGAUGGGAGUCAGUCCAUCAGAGAGGUUCCUCUGGCACGCUCAGAAGGAAACCUCCUGGAGCUCAUGGAGAGCAUAUGCGAGAGGAUGGGGGACUACGGCGAGCGCACGGAUCCCUCCACAAACAGGAAGUCGUACGUCAGGAUCAAGUCUCGGAGCGGCGAGGCCAUGGACCUGUCGGAGGCCUCGUUGGAUUCAAGGGUUACAGCCAGCAUGAAGUUUGCGUGUGAAACAAUAGUGGAACAGCACGAGGAUGAAAUCAUCGAAUUCUUCGCUCACGAAACGGACAACGUUAAAGACAAACUGUGCAGCAAAAGGACAGAUCUCUGUGACCACGCUCUAAAAAUGACCCAUGAUGAGCUUUGAUAUCCUCUCACCAUAGCGACUGUCUCUCCUCAGCUCAAAUGGAGACUUCUGGGUGCUGUAGUGUUUUCUAUUGCCACUUAUCACCUGUUUGUGUCAGGGCAGUGGGACAAUCUGUCUAAAAAUCCUUAUGAUAAGAAAUAAAAACAAAAAGCAUUACUCCUGUGAUCAUGGACACUUUGAGGACCACUCUGCUACUCUUUUUUUUUUGUCUUUUUGGGGGGUCAUAUCUCAUUUUAUGUGAUACUGUAAGUUAUUAAAAAGGCUCUUAUUGGUCUCUGGAUAAAAACUGUGAAACUGUAAAAAUGAAUUUGGACUUUAUGCGGAGAUAUGGCUAAAUUUGGUUGGGUGGUCCUCGAGCCCUCAUUCACGCAUGAUGGAAAAACUCUUCUGAGGUCGAAUCAAAGUGAUGCUGAAAGAAGUUGGCCUGCUCUUGAAUUACACCGCUAUAUAAUGAUAAGUGUGACUUUCAAGUUCAAGCUUUAGAAGAGUGUUUUCAUGCUCGUCAGUAUUUAUUUAACUGUCCAUGAUCACAGGAUUAACUGAUACCAGCUCGAUUCUCCUUCUUAUAUUCCCCCAUGAGAUACUCGUUCAGGUAAAACAAAAAGUUGAGGCCCUCGGUUUUAAAAGUACAUCAUGUAAAAAUAACUUCAGAUACGGUUUCAGUGUAGUUCGAACGAUAACGUGCCUUCAUCACCAAACAAAAUUUCCCAGGUAGUUUACCCCUUCCAACAGCAGCGACGUGCUCUCAGCGGUAUGUUUUAUUUAUCCUAAAUAAAUUUGGCUAAAAGACUCAUGUUCCUAAACUGUUGGCUUAUAACCAGAAAUGUCUUAGGGCAGCGGUCCCCAACCUUUUUUGCGCCACGGACCAGUUUAUGCCCGACAAUACUUUCAUGGACCAGCCUUUAAGGUGUCGCGGAUAAAUACAACAAAAUAAAACUAGUACCAGUACCGAAA